CCGCAGUCGUGAAAUGUAGGCUCAGCAUCCGGGACUCUGGGCCGAGCCGGGGUAAGAAGAGGGUGGCUUUAUAGAUCCAUUGGGUGGGAACCAUCGGGUCGCCUAGCAGCAGCAAUUGUCGCCGCCGCCGCCGCCCUCCUCAGGAGAAGACCCGUGGUGGAGACGCAGCACGGGAGCGGCGUCCUAGACUGACAGAGGAGGGCGGGGGCUCUGCGGUACUUUCCCGCCAUCACCUCCAGACUCUGGUCCAUAGACAACAGUGAAAGUAAUCAAGAUGCCUUUGGAUUGGAAAACAUUAUGGAGAGUUAACCCAGAUGAUUUGCCUCGCCAAGAAGAAUUAGCAGAUGAUUUACUGGUUUCUCUAUCUAAGGUUGAAGUAAAAGACUUAAAAGAUGAAAAUCAAGAAAAUGUGGUUCAUCUUUUCCAAAUCACUCAAUCUUUAAUGAAGAUGAAAGCCCAAGAGGCAGAAUUAGCUUUAGAAGAAGUAGAAAAAGCUGGAGAAGAACAGGCCAAAUUUGAAAAUCAAUUAAAAACUAAAGUUAUGAAACUGGAAAAUGAGCUUGAGAUGGCACAGCAGUCUGCAGGAGGUCGGGAUACACGGUUUUUACGAGAUGAAAUUCGUGAGCUAGAAAAACAACUGGAGCAGAAAGACAGAGAAUUAGAAGAUAUGGAAAAAGAAAUGGAAAAAGAGAAAAAAAUCAACGAACAAUUGGCUCUUCGUAACGAAGAGGCAGAAAAUGAAAACAGCAAAUUAAGGAGAGAGAACAAACAUCUGAAAAAAAAGAAUGAACAGCUUCGUCAAGAUAUCAUUGACUAUCAGAAACAAAUAGAUUCACAAAAGGAAACACUUAUGUCCAGAAGAGGAGAAGAUAGUGAUUAUCGAUUACAGUUGUCUAAAAAAAAUUUUGAACUUGUGCAGUAUCUGGAUGAAAUUCAGAAUUUAACAGAAGCGAAUGAGAAAAUUGAGAUUCAAAAUGAAGAAAUGAGAAAGAACCUGGAAGAAUCAGUUCAGGAAAUGGAGAAGAUGACUGAUAAAUAUAAUAGAAUGAAAAUUAUUGUUCAACAGACUGAUGAUCUAAUGGAUCAGUUAAAAAAAGAAAGGCUUCAGGUACAGGAACUUACAGAACUUCUAAAGGCAAAAGAUGAAGAAGAUGAUCCCAUUAUGGCUGCUGUUAAUGCAAAAGUUGAAGAAUGGAAGAGAAUUUUGGCUUCUAAAGAUGAUGAAAUAAUUGAAUAUCAACAAAUAUUGUGUAAUUUGAGAGAGAAACUUAGGAAUGCCCAACUUGAUUCUGACAAAAAUGUUAUCGCUCUACAACAGGGCAUACAAGAAAGAGAUGGUCAAAUUAAAAUGCUAACUGAACAAAUUGAACAGUACACAAAAGAAAUGGAAACAAAUACACUGAUUUUUGAAGACUUGAGAAAUGAACUCAGACACAAAAGAGGUUCUUCAGUGGUAUCUCAGUUGAAUCAUUUUGUAGAAAUGCAAAGCAAGCUUCAAAAUUUAGAACAGAAAAAUAAAAAUGCUGAGAGGACAGCGGAGCUGGCUGAAGCUGAUGCCAGAGAAAAGGACAAAGAGCUUGUUGAAACACUGAAGCGACUAAAAGAUUAUGAAGCGGGACUGUAUGGUCUAGAAGAAGCUGUGGCUGAAAUAAAGACUUACAAGUCUCAAGUUAAAAUAAGGGACCGAGAAAUUGAAGCAUUAACUACAGAAAUGAACAAACUUGAGUUAAAGAUGAAUGAUUUCCUUGAUGAAAAUGAAGAUCUUCGGGAACGUCUGGGUCUUGAUCCAAAGACAAUGAUUGAUUUAACUGAAUUUAGAAAAAACAAAAAUCUAAAACAGCAACAAUAUCAAGCUGAAAACCAGAUUCUUUUAAAAGAGAUUGAAAGUCUGGAAGAAGAAAGACUUGAACUGAAACAGAAGAUUCGAAAAAUGGCUCAAGAUAAAGUAAAAAAAUCUGGAACUUUAGCUGAUGACCUACAUAUGACUAACGUCUUUAAUCAGGAACUGAGAAUGGAAGAAAGAAAAUCUGUGGACUCUGGAAACAUUGAUGAAUUUAAGUUAAAGAAUGAACAUCUUUCAAAGGAACUAAAUGAAAAGGAGAGAGAUUUGGAAAGGAAUAGAAUAGUAACAGCCAAGUUCCAAAACAAAGUAAAAGAACUUGUAGAAGAAAAAGAACAGCUUGAAGAAGGUUUGAAAGAAAUAUUGCAGACAAUCAAGGAAUUGCAGACAGAGCCUGGUAUUAAAGGAGAAACACCUCUGAUCAUACCUAGUCUUGAAAAAUUAGUUAAUGCUCUAGAUUCAAAGAAUGCUGCCGGAGUUUUUGAUGCAAACUUACAUUUGAAAGCCCAAGUUGACCAACUUAUUGGACGAAAUAAAGAAUUAAGAGAAGAGCUUAAAAACGCUCGAAAAGAAGCUACAGAUUGCUCUCAACAUUUGGCAAAAGUAAAUUUAAAGGUGGAAAAUCUUGAAAAAGAAAUUUGUCUUUUACGUAAAGCAAAAGGAUCAAAUGUUGUAUUCAGAGGAAUUGAUCUACCAGAUGGAAUGACACCAUCUAGUGCAAAUAUAAUUAAUUCUCAAAAUGAAUACUUGAUACAUAUUUUACAGGAAUUAGAAAAUAAAGAACAAAUGUUAAACAAAUUAGAAGAUUCACUUGAAGAAUACAAUAGGAAAUUCUCAGUCAUCCGGCAUCAGCAAGGCUUGUUAUAUAAAGAGUAUCUAAGCGAAAAGAAAAUCUGGCAAACAGAAUCUGAAAAACUGAGAGAGGAAAAGAAAAAACUUGAGGAUCAAAUUGAUCACGAUGCUAUAAAAGUAAAAGAAUAUAAUAACUUACUUAAUGCUCUCCAGAUGAAUUCUGAUGAGACAAAAAAGUUUCUUUCUGAAAACAGUAGGAAAGUCAGUGUCUUGCAAGUUAAUGAAAAGUCCCUCAUAAGGAAAUAUACUACUUUAUUAGAAAUGGAGCGGCAUUUAAGAAAAGAAAACAAUAAACAGAAGAAUGAAUUCAUAGCCAUGGAGGCCUCAGUGGCAGACAGAAUUGGCCAUUUGCAAAGGUUCAAGGAAACAACCACUUUCAGAAUUGCAGCUCUCCAAAAACUUCUAGAUAAUUGUGUUCCUCUCUCAGAACUUGAAUUGGCCAAUAAGCAAUACAAUGAACUGACUGCAAAGUAUAGGGACAUGCUGCAAAAAGAUAAUAUGCUUGUCCAGCGAAUGAGCAGUUUGCUGUUGUUGGAGUGUGAAAAUAAAUCCCUGAAAGAACAGAUAGAUGUCAUAAGUAAGGAAUUGGAGAUCACCAAGGAAAAAUUUCAUACUAUGGAACAAGCAUGGGAACAAGCCACGAAAUUAGGAAGUGAUUCGGUCCUGCAUGAAACUCAAAAAGCUAUAACAAACAGUGAAAUUGUUUCCAUUUCUAAAAAGAUUACAAUGUUGGAAAUGAAGGAACUGAAUGAAAGGCAACGUGCAGAACACUCUCAAAAAAUGUAUGAACACUUACAGGCUUCAUUAAAGCAAGUGGAAGAACGUAAUUUUGAAUUGGAAACCAAGUUUUCUGAGCUUACUAAAAUCAACUUGGCUGCCCAACAAUUGGAACAAACGUUAAGAGAUGAACUAGCUGAGAGUGUGAGUAAGCAAGUAAGUGAUGCUGAUAGGAAGCGGAUCCUGGAGUUAGAAAAGAGUGAAAUGGAAUUGAAGGUGGAGGUGUCCAAACUGAAGGAGAUUGCUGAUAUUGCCAAAACUCAAGUUGAAGCUCUGAAUUCACAUCAACAGUCCAGAGAAAAGGAAGUAGAAUCUCUGAGAAUGCAAGUGUUAGACUACCAGGCACAGUCAGAUGAAAAAGCCCUCAUUGCCAAGUUGCAUCAGCAUAUUGUUGCAUUGCAAAUGAGUGAAGCCACUUCUAUUAGCAAGUUGAGUCAUGACUUCCAGCUGCAGAAGAUGGAGACCUACAAAUUGCGUCUUGAGCAAAAGCUUGAUGAGAAGGAGCAGAGUCUGUACUUUGCCCGCCUGGAAGGGAAACAGAGCAAGCAUCUGCUAGCUUACAUUCAGGCCUUGCGGCGACAGUUCAGUGGGGCCUUGCCCUUGGCCCAGCAGGAGAAAUUCAAAACAAUGAUUCAGCUCCAGAAUGACAAACUGCAAGUCAUGCAAGAGGUCAGGACUUGUCAGGAGGAAGCGGAGAACCCACUGGAAAACAAGCUGGAGCUGGAAUUAAAGUUGAAAGGCCUUGAGGAGCUAAUAAGCACCUUAAAGGAUGCCAGGGAGCCAGAAGGUGGGGUGUUCUUGGUAAUUGAUUGGCAUAUGAAAAUAGAAGAACUUCGUCUUCAAGAACUCAAACUCAACAGAGAAUUAGUGAAAGAUAAAGAAGAAAUAAAAUAUUUGAAAAAUAUAAUUUCUGAAUAUGAACAUACAAUUAGUAAUCUAGAAGAAGAGAUUGUACAACAAAACAAGGUUCAUGAAGAACAGCAGAUGACCUGGGAUCAAAGAGAAGUUGAGUUAGAACGCCAGCUAGAUAUGUUUGAUAGUCACCAAAAUGAAAUCUUGAAUGCAGCUCGGAAGUUUGAAGAGGCUACAGGAUCAAUACCAGACUCUAGUUUGCCUCUUCCAAAUCAACUUGAGAUAGCUUUGAGAAAAAUCAAGGAGAAUGUUCGAAUAAUCAUGGAGACACAAGCAACUUGUAAAUUAUUGGAGGAGAAACUGAAGGAGAAAGAAUCUGCCUUAUGGGAAGCAGAACAAAAUGUUCUCUCAAGAGACAGAAUAAUCAAUGAACUCAGACUCCGCCUGCCUGCAACAGCAGAACGAGAGCGACUCAUGGCUGAGCUCAGUAGAAAGGAAGAGGACCCAGAGAGCCAUCGUGUUUUGAAAGUUGCUCACCAGGCCAUUGCCAACAUGCAAGCGAGAUUAAAUCAAAAGGAGGAGGUCGUAAAGAAAUACCAGGAUCUACUAGAAAAAGCCAGAGAGGAACAAAGAGAAAUUAUCAAGAAGCAUGAGGAAGAUAUUUUCAUUCUUCAUCAAAAAUUAGACCUGCAGGCUGACAGUUCACUUAGCAAAUUCAAACAAACAGCUAUGGAGUUAAUGAAAAAACCUUCUGUACCAGUUGCUGCCAGCAAGCAUUUUCUGCGUCUGGCAGAGAUGGAACAAACGGUUGCAGAACAGGAUAAUUCUCUUUCUUCACUUUUGACCAAAAUGAAGAAAAUGUCACAUGAAAUAGAUAUACAAAAACAAAUCACUUUAACCAAAGUCAAAGAAUUUGAAAGCACCCGAACCCGCCUUGAAGAAAAUCAUGCAGAGGUUGUGAAAAAACUGCAAGCUGAGAUAGAAGACUUAAAAUAUUCUAUGUCCCAGACAGAGAGAGAGUUGCAGUACUUUAAAUCUGAAUUACAGGUUCAGAAAGAAGCCAACACAAGAGCUCCAACAGCCACCAUGAAAAAUUUAGUAGAGCGGCUCAAGAGCCAAUUAGCCUUGAAAGAAAAACAGCAAAAAGCCCUUAGUCGAGCCCUUUUGGAGCUCCGAGCAGAAAUGACAGCUGCUGCUGAAGAACGCAUUAUUCUUUCUGCGUCCCAGAAAGAGGCAAAUCUCAACGUUCAACAGAUUGUUGAUCGCCAUACUAGAGAUCUCCAGAUUCAUAUAGAAGAUUUAAGUGAAAACCUUCUGAAAUGUAAAGAAGCUCUUAAAACAAGCAAAAGCAGAGAGGACUCUCUGAAUAAACAGUUGGAUGACUUAAACAGGGAAAUGCAGAAAAAACAGAAAGCUUAUAAUAAAAUACUAAGAGAAAAGGAAGAAUUAGAAAAAGAAAAUGAAGAACUGAAAAAGCGAAUUAAAAGGUUAACCUUUGGAUUGCAGAGCAAGCCUACUGUAGAUAACAAACAGAGUGUGAUAGAUGAACUUCAGAAGAAAAUUAAAAAUUUAGAAAGUCAACUAGAAAAAUUUAGUGAUGAAACAGAAGCAAAAGAAAAGAAAUGUCAGGAAGAAUUAAUUAGAUGGGAAGAAGGUAAAAAAUGGCAAGCUAAAACUCAAGGAAUGCGAAACAGAUUGAAAGAAAAAGAAAAAGAAGUGGAUACUCUAACCAAGCAGUUGAAUACUGUAAAAGAGCUUUUGGCCAAGUCUGAUAAAGAUAAAAUCACAUUGCAAAAGAAACUAAAAUCAAGUAGAGUGACUGCUGAUCGAGUUAUGGGAGUACAUGCUUCAGAUUUAGAAAAAGAAUUAGAAGAACUUAGAAAAACAAAUAUUGAACUAGAGAAUGAAAUAGGCCAUAUGAGGAUGCAUCAAGCUCUUCCUCGAGAUUCUGUCAUAGAAGACUUACAUUUACAAAAUAGAUAUCUUCAGGAUAAGCUUCAUACUUUAGAGGAACAGCUUUCUUUAAAAGAUGCAUUUUCUAAGCAUUCACCAACAGAAUUUGGUGGUAAGUCUAACAGAGAACAGUUGCUUCAGAAGGAAAACCUGAAGGUCUCAUCUGAAAACAUUGAACUAAGAUUUCAGCUUGAACAAGCAAAUAAAGAUUUACCAAGGCUAAAGAGUCAAGUGAGUGAUAUGAAAGAAAUGUGUGAACUUCUGAAGAAAGAGAAAGCAGAAAUUGAACGGAAACUUGGCCAAGUUAGAGGGUCUGGAAGAAGUGGCAAGACAAUUCCUGAACUAGAAAAAACUAUAGGUUUAAUGAAAAAAGUUGUGGACAAAGUCCAGAAAGAAAAUGAAUAUUUGAAACAAGCAUCAGGAAUAAUGACAAGUGAGAAAAUGUCUUCUCUUGAGCUUGAAAAUAAAAAUUUGAAGAGUGAAUUAGAAAAGUUGAAGCUUCAUCUUGGACAUCAACUGAGCUUGCAAUAUGAGUUUAAUGCCAAAGAUCCAGAGAGUGUCAUGGUUGAAAUUGACAGUCUUCAUAAAGAACUUAAAAAAAAGGUAGAAACUUCUGAGAUGCUACAGAUGGAAAAAAAUGACUUGGAGAUAACAGUUGAGAAGCUAACAGCCGAGCUGGAAGAGAUGAGAAAGAGAAUGCAUCUGAUUGAAAGCGGAAAUCUACAGCUGGAACGGGCUGAAAGGCAGAGUUUGAAAUCAGUCAUUGACACAAGAUUCACUGAUCUUAAGCAGCUCCUAAAGGAAGCAACAGAGAGAGAGAGAGGAGCAAACAAGAAAUAUAAUCAGGACCUAGAAGAUCAGAACAGUACCCUAAGUAUUAUAAGAACUCCUCUGCAUGUUUUUCUAUUAAUUUUUCCUAUAUCAUCCUUCUUGUGUUUCAGGUUAACCACUGAUGUAGAGAAGACAAAGAUCAAAUUAGUUCAUCGAGCAGGAACUAGUCAAGAGGAAAUUGAAGGGGAAAAUAUUGUUUCUGAUUUUGAAAAAAUAAAGCCUUCACAGGCAUCUCCAAUUUUAGAUCCAGAAAAGGAAAAGUUGAAGGCAGAAAACAAAAAGCUUAAAAAAGAACUGAAGAACUUGGAUCCCUCAUUUUUUGAAGAAAUUGAAGACCUGAAGUACAAUUAUAAAGAAGAAGUUAAAAAAAAUAUCAUCUUGGAAGAGAAAUUGAAACAACUUUGUGAACAGUUCCAUAUUGAAUUGGAGAGUGCUGCUAAUGUUUUUGAACAUCUGGAAGCUGAAAAAUAGCAUAAUAACUUAGCGAACUAUUUUUUAUAGAAGUUGUAAAUAGUAAUUGAAAGCAAUGUAUUUAUAUGAAAUAUCCUUAUUUUUUUGAGUUUCCAAAGCUGUCAUAAUGUUCUUGUAAUACAUUAAAUGUUGAGCUGACCCCUAAAAGGGGAUAUACAUAGGCAAUUUAAAUACUAUAAUGCUUCUUAAAUGAGGUUGUUAGUUUUUUUAACUUGGUUCCCAAAGUAAUGUGCUACUACAGAAAAGAUCAUGAAACUUUGAAAAUAAAUGAUACAAAAAUA